AUGUCUAUUGUUAAAAACAACUAAGAUGACUUCGUAGAUCUUCAAGACUAUGAGUCUUAAAAGUCUUUUACUGGUACAAAGGACAUUGCUCAAAAAAAUAAGAUCUAACCUUUAAAUAAUCAUGGAGGAGUUCGCACAAUGCAAACAGAGAUUCACCAAGAUUUGAUUACUAAAUCGAUGGAGCUUUCAAAACUUAGAUAAAAUCCAGUCAAAAUUAGCUUUGAAAACGUUGAGUUCGAUGUUACUGUAAGGCUAAAUAAAAAGGAUGCUAUACUUGAGAAAACAAAAACAAAAACUCUCAACAUUAUUAAAGGAGUUAGUGGAUACGCACUUCCAGGACAGACUUUAUAUAUUAUGGGAUCCUCUGGAGCUGGAAAAACUUCCUUAUUAAAUAUCUUAAGUGAUAGAGCCACAAGCACCAGGGGAAAUAAACUAUCAGGCAAGGUUAUGAUAAAUGACACAACCCCUCUUACUCAAGACAUUUUUGGAAGCUUGGCAGGUUAUGUCAUGCAAGAUGAUAUCUUGUUCCAUCAUUAUUCACCCAGACAGUCAUUGCGAUUUGCUGCAAGAAUGAAAUUAAAUGAAAUUUCUGAAGAAGAAUAAGAUAAGAGAGUAGAAGAGCUACUUGAGGAACUCGGUCUUAAAGCCUCUGCUGAUACUCCUGUAGGCUCAGCCAGACACAAAACUCUCUCUGGAGGAGAAAGAAAAAGGACAGCUAUAGGCGUCGAGCUUAUUACAGACCCAUCUUUGAUACUUUUAGAUGAGCCUACUUCUGGACUUGACAGCUUUAAAGCACUUUAAAUUGUAAAGCUUCUGUAAAGACAAGCUAAUAAAGGUAAAACUGUUAUCUCUACCAUCCAUUAGCCAGGCUCUGAUGCUUUUAGUAUAUUUGACAGAUUAAUUUUAAUGUGCGAUGGAAACAUUGUGUUCUAAGGAGAGGCAAUGAAGUGCUCAAGAUACUUUGAUAAGAUAGGAAUUCCCUGUCCAAAAUACGCCAAUCCUGCAGAUUACUACAUGAGAGUACUUACAGUUAAUUAUCCUAAGGAGCAAAAUGACAUAAAAAAGGUUAAUUAUCUAACUUCAUCUUAUGAUUAAAAACUCAACCCAAUAGUCAAAAAAGAGCAGAAAAUGCUCCAACUAGCUGCGGUAGAUCCUAGUAAAUUCAGAAAAGAUUAUGCUCCGUUCAGAAUUCAAUUAAAAGAACUCAUGAAAAGAUGCAAUUAGCAAGCCAAAGAUGAUCCUAGACAUUUCAGAGUCAAAGUUGGACAAACUAUUUUUAUCGGUCUGCUAAGUUUAGCUAUCUUCUGGGACUUAAGUGCUAAUGAUUUCGUAACUUAAAUGGGUAUGGCUGGUUUCUUAUUCUUUACUUGUAUCAAUUAACUUAUGAUGAAUUUGAUGGGCUGCCUUCUAGUAUUCCAGGAAGAGAGACCUGUUUUUUUGAGAGAGCAAGCUAAUAAAAUUUAUAAUGUUGGCCCAUACUUCCUAGCUAAGAUAACUCUGGAAUUACCAGUUCAAAUAUUCUCUCCAAUGUUAUGGUCAGUUAUAGUAUAUUUUGGCUGCGGAUUUGCAUUAACUGCUGGACAAUUUUUCUAUUUCUACUUGAUACUCUUAUUGCUAGUGCUUUGUGCUUCGUCAUUUGGGUACUUUUUGUCUAGUAUAUUCAGUUAAGAGGAGACAGCAGUGGGAGUAGCUCCUGUUAUUAUGAUGCCUUUAUUGAUGUUUAGUGGAUUCUUCUCUAAUGCAGGUUCUUACCCAGUUUGGAUUGGUUGGUUCUAGUAUAUUUCUCCCGUCAAGUAUGCUCUCGAGGCGCUAGUCUACAAUGAAUUCCAAGAUCGUGAAUAUGGUCCUAGGGAUAUUCACAUGGUAAAUUUCUUAGGUUACGAAUUAGGAAUCGCUAAAUGUCUAGCUAUCUUAGCAGCAUUAACUGUUUUCCUCAGGGGUGUAUCCAUGAUUUGCCUUAAAUUACUUGUAUCCAAGUUCCAAUGA